GAUGAUUGAAGAGACUGAAAACAGCCAACAGAGAAGCCUUUUACACUAACUACAACAUUUGUUUCUAUAUUUGACUGGGUGCACCAUAUUGGUUCACCACUGAUGAACAGACCAGUUAUCUGAGUAAAAAGAAGGGUGGUCAAUCUACAUUCAUUAGUUGCUGUGCCUUCUGAAUCCACACUAUUAUGAAACUGAGUGGCUUUCCUCCAGAGGACCAGUUCUUGAAAUUGCUUGUAGAAAAGCUCCAAAGACAGUGAAGACGUCUGAUGUGCAAAAUAGGACCUUCUUCUUAUAUGCCAGGUGAGCAGCACAAUGUCUGAAAAUUCGUCUGUGAAGCUGGCGGGCAUCACUCCUCUACAGCAGAUGUUGGCAUCUGGAACUGGAGCCCUUUUCACCUCCCUUUUUGUCACACCUUUGGAUGUAGUGAAAAUCCGAUUGCAGGCUCAGAGAACUCCAUUCUCUAAAGUGUUGUCAGUACAGUCUAUGCCCUGGAGCAUUCACCAGCCCAAAUGGAAAUGCUUCCUUUAUUGCAAUGGCCUCAUGGACCAUCUCUAUGUUUGUCAGAAUGGAAACAGCUGCACAGCCUGGUAUAAGGCACCCACUCAUUUUACUGGCACAUUGGAUGCUUUUGUGAAGAUAAUACGGCAUGAAGGUAUUCGAUCCUUGUGGAGUGGUCUGCCACCUACUCUAGUUAUGGCUGUCCCUGCUACUGUGAUCUAUUUCACUUCUUAUGAUCAACUACGUGAUUUGUUGCAUGUUAAGAUGAACAGCCAAGGACACCAUAUCCCACUGGUGGCUGGUGCAGUUGCCAGAUUGGGUGCAGUAACUAUGAUCAGCCCCUUGGAACUCAUACGAACAAAAAUGCAGUCUCGUCAGCUGAGCUACCGGGAACUACGUGUCUGCAUCCAGUCUUCAGUGGCCCAAGAUGGAUGGUUGUCUCUUUGGAGGGGUUGGGGUCCAACAGUGUUACGGGAUGUUCCUUUCUCAGCUCUGUAUUGGUAUAACUAUGAACUAAUGAAAGAUCUGCUGUGUGGGCAGUUCUGCCUUGAUGAAGCCACAUUCAUGAUCAGUUUUGCAGCUGGAGCCAUUUCUGGCAUGGUGGCUGCUACUUUGACUUUGCCCUUUGAUGUUGUAAAGACCCAGCGGCAGAUUGAGCUAGGAAACAUGGAGACACUUCAAGUUACCACACCCAAAUCCUCAUCGACUUGGCUACUUAUGCAGAAGAUUUGGGCAGAAUCUGGCACGCGAGGGCUCUUUACAGGUUUUCUGCCUCGUGUUAUCAAGGUGGCUCCAGCCUGUGCUAUCAUGAUUAGCACAUAUGAAUUUGGCAAGACCUUCUUCCAGAAAAUGAACCAGGAACAGCAGUUAAAUAGUCUAUGAAGCUUAUAAACAGAGCUUUGGACGUAACCUCCAGAUGGACCAAAGAAAUGCUGAUGGCAAGAGAAAGAACACAUUUUGGUAGAUGCAAAAAAAGGAAAAUCCAAUUUAUUAAUAGGGUUGGAUAUAAAAGUGGAUCCAACUAUGAAUAAUUGAGAAGAAAGACCACAUAACCAAUAAAUCUCUUGCUUGCUUUCCUUGUAGGAUUUCUCACUCAUCAGGCAAAUUCCAGGUGCCUUUAAAUAGCUUCUGGUCUCCUGCCUUUCUCUUUUUCCUAAUAGACAAAUAAGCCUCUUGGCUUUAAACCCUCCCUUCUUUAGGUACUGUCAAGAUUGGAUGCUAUAACUUUUGGCUCAUUUGAAGAGGAGAAGCUCCAGAAUAUCUUAGGUUUAAACCAAUUGCAUAGUAUGAUCCUGGUGUGUUGAGAUUAUUGGCCAGUUGUAAAGGAAAAAAGUAAAAAAAGAGGAGGAAAAAGCCUAGCAUUGCCAUGCCCCCUGCUUCAUUACUAUUAUUUUUGAUAGGCCUUCAGAGAGUAAAAGUUGCUAAUAGACAGCAGAUGUUUCCAAUUCUAUUUUAAUUUUCAAAGGUUCUAUUGGCCUGCAUGCUUUUUUUUUAACCUGACUUUUCCUGUGCAUGACAAACAUAGCUGUCUGAAGUUGCAAUCCUAAGCAGGACUUUGACAGCUUUGAGUAGAAAUACUGAUUUUGAACACUCAGGUUUUGCCCAGCUCUUCCCUUCGUACUAACACAAACAGCCUGAACUUGGAAAUGUUGAAUAGCCUGGAUGAAAAUGAAUUAGACAGCUUGGGCUCCUGCCCUCUGGUUCAAUAUUUACUAUAUUAAAGGAGAGCUGAGAAUAGCAAGCCAAGGUUUUCUUUGAUACCAGAUAUCUUAUGUAGCAAGUUGAUAUCUUGUCCCUUCUAUGCUGUAAAUUUAUAUGCCUGUUGCUUACAUAUUUGUGGAAAGGGGAAAAGCUGGGCUUUUAUUUCUUGAAUAAAAUUCACUCUUUUUUUUAGCAGAACAAAAGUACACAUUA